AUGCGUCGCUCUCAGACGUACAUUUCUUGGUCCCUGUUGCUGGCUUCCUUGGGUGGAGCUCAGGCAAAACUCGACUUGAACUCGAGUUCUAACGUCGUUGUCUACUGGGGCCAGAACUCAUUGCAAGGAAAGGGUGGAGAGAAUCAGAAGCCACUAGCGCAUUACUGCGAGGACGAUAAUAUCGAUGUUCUUCCCAUCGCUUUCGACAUGAUGGUCAAUGGACCUGGCGGUGCUCCCGAGAUUGACUUUGCUGUCACAUCAGAGGAUUGUGAAGUGUUCGAGGGAACUCAACUGAAGCACUGCCCUAAGAUUGGUCAAGAUAUCAAAAAGUGCCAGGAGAAGGGUAAAACCAUUCUCUUGUCCAUCGGCGGUGCCACUUACAGCGAGGGCGGCUUCAAGAGCGAGGAAGAUGCAAAGGCUGGAGCCCAGUUGAUGUGGGAGACCUUUGGUCCCGUCAAGGAAGGUUCCAAAAUGAAGCGUCCGUUUGAUGAUGUUGCCCUCGACGGAUUCGACUUCGACUUCGAAUCCAGCGUGAUGCACAUGGCCCCUUUCGCCAACGAGCUCCGCGCCCUGAUCAACAAGGAGACUGAUAGAAAAUACUUCUUGACUGCUGCCCCUCAAUGCCCAUACCCUGACCAAGCCGACAAGGACAUCCUCAACGGCCCUGUGGAUAUCGAUGCUAUCUGGGUGCAGUUCUACAACAACUUCUGCGGCGUUAAUAACUUCAACAAAGACGCCAAAAGCUCAAAGUAUAACUUCGAAGAAUGGGACAACUGGGCCAAGACUGUUUCCAAGAACAAGGAUGUCAAGGUCAUCGUUGGUGUCCCCGCCUAUACAACCGCCGCCAGCACGGGAUACAUACCAGCCGACAAGCUGGCCGAGGUGAUCGAGUACUCGAAGAAAUUCGAGAGCUUCGGAGGUGUCAUGAUGUGGGAUGUAACACAGGCAUACGCAAAUGAAGGGUUUAUUGACAGCAUAGUCAAGUCUCUGGGUGAUGGCAGUGGUGAUUCUGGUUCGUCGUCGCCGUCCAACUCGGCGUCGACCACGGCGUCUGCACCUUCGUCCACUAACUCACCGAAUACCUCGCAAUAUUCCAAUGCACCCGGCUCCUCGUCCUCCUCUUCCUCCUCAUCUGCAUCUGGAUCCUCGUCCAGUGAGCCCGAAAAGCCGACUACCACCGCGCCGAAGCCGACCUCCAACACCCAGGCUAAGCCAACGACUACAUCGACCAAGAAGCCUGCUACCGAGCCUGCUCCCAAGCCAACCAAGACCUCGACUUCGACCUCGACUACAAAGCACGUUGCAGAACCCACCACUACCACCAAGCCUGCGCCCAAGCCGCCUGUCGAAGACGAGGACGACGACGACAAUGACGACGAUAUGCCCGUUGACCCCGAUUUCGACCCAACUUCCGAUAUGUCGAAUGAUACUAACAGUCUUCCGACUCCUGCGGAUCCACCAGCCCCUACUCUUCCUGAGACCCCUGAAGUCCCCAAGGGUGCUGAUGCUGCCGGACCCACCCUCCUGGGCUCCGAUCUCUUCGGCCUGCUGAAGGGUCUACAACAGGCCAACGCUCCUCUCAUGAAUGUGGCUCACGGCCUGACCAAGAAUCUCCGAUUCGCCAAACGCAUCCAAAACUAG